GUAUCCACGUUACUUCUCAUAUCAAGCUGUCUAGUUGCCGUCGGCGCACUUUUAUUUUCUCUUCUCUCUCACUCUAUAAUUUGAACUGCUACUAAGCGACUAUAACUUAUAUCUAUCGCUACGUGAUGUCUAUAUAUACACAUAUGCAUUCAUACUUAUCGUGAAUUUUUACUUCUGUUCGACAUUUAUAGUUAUAUCUAUAUCAGAAGAAAGAAAAGAGAGAAGAAAGAGACAAAUUCUCUUUAAACAUCUUAGUUUCUGUAUUUUGUUUUAGUAUAUUUUGCCUUGGAAAACAAAUAUCUAUAUUUCAUCACUGCGUAAACUUACUUUCAUGCACUUCAACCGUACAUUUAUAUGUAAAAGUAUACAUAUUCUUCAUACUUAUUACUAGUUCUGUGAGGAGUUUUUAUGUAAAACAGAAGACGUAGUUAUAGUUAGUUAUGAAAAUAUAUAUUUACAUGUAUAUAUUUUCGUGAAACAAAAUCCCUAUCUUCGGUUUAUUUUAAUUCGAAAGUUUCAUCGGAUAAUUUACUACUUUUUGUUCGGUUUUUGGUUUUUACUCAUUUUGUAACACUGGAACUAUGCCGAGACGAAUAUUUGAUAACGAUGAAGAAAUUGCUCUUCAAUCCGAAAUUCAGCGAGAAUUAGAUCGGAAAUAUAAACCAAUAUUUGAUGAGCAUGGUCCUCAAGGAAUACCCCUGAAGGAUCUUCGUGAGGAAAUGUUGAACACUGGCAUAACAUCUCAUGUUCCAAAACGUCAGUUUGAUAAAAUGUUGGCAAAAGCCAACAGUAAUAAAGAUUCCUACAUAAAUUAUAAAGAAUUUGUAACUUUGAUGGCUGGUGAGGAUGCACUACUUUCCCGAAAUAAAGUGAAAGUUAGUGGUGUUGUGGAAGCAGCCAUUGUAAGCAUUGUUCCCAUCCGGAAACAAAAGGAUUUCCUUGCGAACUACACUUGUUGCCCGCCACCAGUUUUUAUGUUUCUUGUCACCCUGGCUGAGAUUGCUGUAUUUGUUUAUUACGUUCUUGAGCUGAAAAAAAAAGAUAUUGAAGUUACAUGGAGUACAGGUGUCCCUAUUUGCAGUCCUUUGAUAUAUAGUCCUUAUGAUAGAAAAGAAGCAUGGCGUUAUAUUUCGUACAUGUUCAUUCACCAAGGUUACCUUCAUCUCAUUUUCAACUGCAUUUUCCAAAUUAUCCUUGGAAUACCACUUGAGUUUGUGCACAAGUUUUGGCGCCUGUUCCUUGUUUACAUGCUGGGUGUUCUUGCAGGUUCCAUGGCACAUUCAGUUACUGACAGGUUUUCAUUUCUUGGUGGUGCCAGUGGUGGUUGUUAUGCCUUAAUUGGAGCACAUCUUGCUGCUGUCAUUGUGAACUGGAAAGAGAUGAAUUACAAGUGUUGGGAUGGUUCCUUCUUACGUAUGCUACUCAGUGCACCAGUUCGUCUAAUAGUUAUACUUACAUUGGUGUUUACUGAUACUGGUAGUGCCAUCUACAGAAGAUAUACCACUACUGGAGGAACUAAAGUGGGUAUUUCUGCUCAUAUUGGUGGAAUGCUUGCUGGUCUGUUAUUAGGAGUUCCAGUUAUGAAGAACAUCAAUGAAUUACCAUGGGAACGGACUCUUGGACUGGUUACUGCUGUCAUUUAUGUAAUAUUCACCAUGAUCGCUGUUCUCAUUAACAUUCUUUAUCAUGAUUAUCCAGACCCUAAUUUAAAUCCAUGUUAAUUCUGAAGAUACUGUUGAUAUUAUUAUUAUUGAUAUUAUUAUUAUUAUUAUUAUUAUUAUUAUUAUUUAGUAGUGUUAUUAUUACUAUUACAUUAGGAUGGCAGAUUGGUAGAAUUGUGGGAGUCAGAAAAAAUACUUUGCAGUAUUUUGUUUGCUCUUUUACUUUCUGAGUUCAAAAUCCUACAGGUGUUGUCUUUAGCUUUUGUAGAUAAAAUAAGUAUCAGUCAAAUAAUGAGGUUUGAUCUAUUCAACUAUAUCUCUUCUCUCAAAAUUUUAGACCUUGUUUUAUAUAUUAGAUACAAUUAUUAUUAUUAUGGUAGCAAGGGCGGAAUUGUUAGCAUGCUGGGCACGAUGUUUAGCAGCAUUUCGUCUGUCUUUACAUUCUGAGUUUAAAUUCCGCUGAGGUCAA